AUGUUGAACCUUCUUGUGAACCUGACCCGACUCUACCUGGACAAGGCGACAUUGGUGUGGAAUGGGAAUGCAGUAUCAGGUCAGGAUGCUCUGGGCGAGUUUUUUGAGUCCUUGCCAUCCAGUGAGUUCCAAGUUCACACACUGGAUUGUCAGCCAGUUCACGAACAAGCGACACAAGGCCAGACCACACUGCUCGUGGUGACUGGUGGGACAGUCAAGUUUGAAGGGAACAAACAGCGUUUCUUCAACCAGAACUUUCUCUUAACAGCUCAGGCUUCACCCAACAAUGAGCAGCCUGUUUGGAAGAUUGCCAGUGACUGUUUCCGAUUUCAAGACUGGAAUAGCUGAGGCUCUCCUCAUCCAUAUUCUUUCUUCCCUCUGUAAUGUAUGAGCACUGUCGUAAUAAUCGUGUAAAUAAACACACGGCUGGUUUAUUUCUGUUUUUGUAAUAAAAUAAAAAUGUCAUACAACACUGAA